AUGAAAGACGUAAGUGAGCCGGCAGAACUCGGGAUUAUCGGAAUCGAAGACGGAUCAGUGGAGCGUGACGAGGUAGAUAAGAGCUCGUCUUAUCUGAUAAUCGAACCACCUUCGUCCUUUCUUCUCGACCCUUCAUCCGACUAUAUCAUACCUUCGCUAAACGUUCAUAGAGCUAUGGGUGGUGGAAUGGCCCCUACGAAGGAUACAAAAACAGUUGUUGUCCUUGGUGCUGCCUACGGCGGCGCUCAUGCUGGUCAGGUACUUGCUGCGACACUGCCUGAAGGGUGGAAAGUCAUCCUAAUCGAUAGAAAUUCCCACGCGAACCAUGUAUAUGUGAUGCCUCGAUUUGCCGUCCUUCCUGGCCACGAAUACAAAGCGUUCAUUCCCUAUACCAAGGUCUUCCUCGUCGAUCCUCCCAAGCCUGAGCAAAAUGUACACCUUCAAGCAACAGUCACAUCAAUAAGGCCAACCCACAUCACCUUAUCUCGAGCUUUCCCGGAACUCGGCUUCCCGACCGAGACCAUUGCGUUCGAUUAUGCGAUUUACGCGCUUGGUGCGCAUCUUCCGCCGCCGCUCGACCUCUGGGGAACUUGUGCGAAUGGCAAACCCAUACCUGAGUCAAAAGUGGCCUCUGCUGUGUACCGUGGCCUCAAGUCGGAAGGGUGCGAUUGGUUCUUGGAGAAGCAGAAAAUUAUCAAGGAUUCUCUGACUGUGCUCGUCGUCGGUGGUGGAGCGCUUGGAAUCCAAUUUGCGACCGAUAUAAAGUCAGUGUAUCCUGCCAAGAAGGUCACCCUUCUCCAUUCGCGCACGCAGCUUCUGCCUAGAUAUGACAUCAAGAUGCAUGAAGAAAUUCUCCGCUCUUGUGAAAAUCUGGAUAUCGAAGUUAUUCUUGGUGAGCGCCUCGACAUGGACUCGGUCGAAGACGGGAAGGGUAAGGAUAAUAAGCGUGGCCAGAAGGUUGUUCGAACCAUCACUGGGCGUGAAAUCGCUGCAGACCUGCUGCUUCUGUGCAUCGGCCAAUCUCCAAACACCGGGUUGAUGAGAGCGAUGGACCCAGCAACGAUCAACGAGGAGAACAAGCUCAUCCAGGUUCUCAGAACGUUGCAAGUCGCCACAGGACCGGUCAAGCAGGACAUCGCUGCUGUCACGUCCGACCUUGAGAAGCUUUCGACUGACGAAAAACUCGCCGAUGACGAAACACCUACCGCCGACGAGAAACCUGCCGAGCCAGUCGUAGAGGGGGAGGAAGAAGAGACGGCUGGCUACCCCCACAUCUUCGCAAUUGGAGACUCCGCUGACGCGUUUGGCGCUAUCGCUGCUGGGCAUAUCGCGUAUGCGCAGGCCGAGCUUGCCGCAAGAAUAUAG